AUGGGGAAUUGCUUCAGCAAGAGCUCCGGUAACUUCCGAGGCGAAGGCCGCGUUCUAGGUGGCAGCGGCAGUACACCGGCGGCGGCAGCACGUCCGGCACCAGCAUCAUCAAUGGCCGGUGGUGGUGGUGGUGGUGGUGGUUACGGAACCGUCAACGCGCCCAAAACAUCCGCUCCGGUACCACCAGCGGCAACAACCACGAGGACGGCGACCGGCGGCAGGACUCUCGGAGGAUCAGAACAAAAGGAGGAGGAGCCGGAGCCGAGGACCCAAAGAGCAAAGCCGCUCAAGCAGCCAUGGUUCGUUCGCACCUUCCCCCAACUCACCUUCCCCCAACUCACCUUCCCCCAACUCACCAACCCACCAACUCACCAACUCCCAACACAUCACAUCCCAUCCCAUCCCAUCCCAUAUCGUUCCGCUCGAUUCCAAAAAGAUCAAGGGUCAGGAGCCGACCUCUCCAAAAAGCUGCGAGCACAAAAGGCCAUGACGCGCGACGCGCUGCUUAAAGAGGAGAGUGACCAGGAGAGGGCGAGGAGGGCUGCUGACCAGGCUUUGGAGGCGAGGAAUUACAACUAG